GCAGCGGAUCCAUGUGCUGUUGUCGUUUGCAGUGUGUUUGGAUGCGGUGCCACAGGUGGGCGCGCGGAUGCUGGCGCGGCUGAAGGGACUGGCGGCAGAUCCGGAGGAUGCGCUAGCAGACGAGUACGUGGAUGUGGCGGUGUUUGCCCCGUGGACGGUUGAGGGAAGCGGGGCGCGGCAGAGCCUGUUUGCGUCGCGCUUCCAGGUAAUGGCAUAGCAAAAUCAAAGCAAUCAAAUCACUGAUUUGGGGCCUUUACAGCUGGCCAGAGCGCAGCUGACACAAGCAGCGGCUCUAUCUUUUCUUGAAGACUAUUGUAAUUCUCGCAACUUGCAUUUGACAAUGUUCCGCUCGGUUCAACGCAUUGGCCUCCCCGUGGGGCGGCAGACAGCAGCGCGCUGGUACAGUGCACCGACAGUGACGAUCAACGCGCGCCUGAAGGCGGAUCUGAAGCUGUCGAUGCGGGCCAAGGAGAAGCAGCGCACGACGGUGAUCAAGGGCGUGCUGUCAGACAUCCUGUAUGCGGAGAAGAACCCGCAGUCGCAGACGUUCUCGCGGGACUCGGACGAGGACGUGGCAUUGCUGAUCCAGCGCGCAAUCAAGCAGCGCAAGGAGUCGAUCAAGCAGUACACAGACGGCGGCCGCGCUGAUCUGGCAACGGCGGAGCAGGCGGAGGUGGAAAUUCUGGGACAGUAUCUGCCUGCACAGCUUUCCGAGGAGGACAUUGAGCGGCGCGUCAAGGAGACGGUGGAGCGGCUGGGUGUCAGCGGCAUCAAGGCCAUGGGCCAGGUCAUGAAGGAGGUGGCCAUUUCGGCGGCGGAGGCACCCAAAAGCAAGGUUGCGGCGGCGGUCAAGAAGGCCCUUGGCGCUUAGUCUUUUUUCAGUUGGGUCAAA